UUUUCAGUCAUGAAUUUUACCAUAGCUGAUACCUUUGGUGAUUCGGUGAUUUCAGAUUUUCAUUGCUACCACCCGCCAUUGUUUGUCUUUGCUGUCGACAUUAUUUUAUUGCCAAUUGUUUAAUCUCUUUUACAAUAUUAUUUCGUUUUUUCUGUUGAUGCGUCGUUCAUUUCUUUUACACUUUCAUGCCGCUGCACAUUUUCAUUCAUUUCAUCUAUUAUUCAUGCAAUGUUUGCUUGCCUCCGUUACUCAUUGUUAUGCAGCAGCACACUCAGCAAUGCAAAUAAAGGAAUUGUCUGAUUUCUUUUGUGUAUUUUUUUCGCUUUUUCGCUGUUUUUAUUUAUUUAUUCCGGCUUUGUAUAGUUUAUUGCUAAUAUUACUAUUGCUGUUGUUGUUGUUGUUUUUGCUAACGCCCAGCAGCUAGUUUAAUUGACAGAACAGCUGGUGUACAAGCACGGCAGCGGAUAACACUAAGUGCGAAUCAAUCAAAUGUAGCAUUACGGCUUAAGCUCCGGGGAAAAGCCCGGUAAAUGCGUAAAUUGAUUGGAAAUAUUUUAAUAGACACUUGUGUCGCAUUAACUAUUUACAACUAUUCGUGGUAUUUAUAUUUCAAGCGGAGGGGUUUAUUAAAUAUUUGCGCUUUGUCAGAUUCAAAAAUUUUAAACAUUUUGCUAAAUUUUCAUACGAGAGUGCCAAAAGAACGCGCCGAAAAGUGAUUUAACAACACUGCUAAUGGUCAAAUCAGCUGUCAAACACAAGCUGCAUUUUACUUAUUGUUGAUGUUUUAACAGAUUUUGGAUGAGUUCUAUUUCAAGACCCUAGGGGUUCUUUUAGUUUUCCCAUCAAGUCACUUCUUUUUAAACCAAAUCGCAGAAUUCCUUGAAAAAGUCCACUUUGUAUUGUUUUUUUAUUAUAGCGUGUGUUCUUUUGCCGCUUGUUUACACUAGAACAAGCUGUUAUUAUUUAUUUGCUUCCAUCACAAGAACAAAUUUUACAUUUUAACACGAGAUAUUCAUAAUUUUUUUGCAGAAAAAAAUGUAAAAAAUAAUUUCAUUCACCUUCGCCUAAUUGGCUCGACAAACGAAACAAGCAAUGAUGACCCUCUCAAGUGCACUCCAGCAACAACUGCUAAACCUGCUCAGACAACAUACAGUCUUGUCAUGCAAAUUUCAUUCAUUCAAUUGCGCUCUCUUGCAGCCAAUCGAAUUUGCAAAUUUUUUGGAAAAGCUUUUUGCUACACGCUCGAGUGUCUUCUUCAAACAAAUUUUUGCUUUAAAAUAAUUUAUUUGUUUUCACAUAAAACGUGUUUGUGGUUAUGUAGUACUUGUAUAUGUAUAAAUACUAUGUAGAUCUACAUGUUUGUUUAUGAGAAAUGAAGUAGCAGCUGUGAGAAUUUCAAGAAUUUCGUCAAAUAAAUAUUUUUGAAACUUUUUUUGCUUUAAUUUUUGUUACACUGCAUGAAAUUGAAAUUUUUUGGAACAAAUCGACAAUCCACAUAGUAAAGUCAAUGUGAGCAAUACGAGUUUAGUGGUGUUAUUUAGUUUUCUGGUUUAAUUAUUUUUGCUUCGAAAAUGCGAAAAUGAAGGAUUGGUGUGAAAUCAUUCGGGAAGAUCGGGUGACAGUAUCUCGAAGUAAAAUAUUCUUAGAAAUCGAAAUGAAUAAAAGAAGACGAAAGUGAAUGUACUUAAUCAAAUUGGUGUUAAUAUUUAUAUCCGGUCAAGAACCGUAUAUUUUCAACAAGAAGGGUGCAUUACACAGUUAAAGCUCAAAAAUGGUGAUAAGCAAUCCGGAUGCGGUGGCUGCCGCCGCCACCACCAACAACACUGCUGGCGAUGCGGUUGACUUGGCACAUCCAUCGGGUAUUCCACGUGAUAGAAUCGAUAAUAUAAUGAGCGGUAUAGCAAAUACGGGCGAUGUGAAAAUGAAUAACCACCGAAAGAAGCUGCGUCAGAGGUUUGAUAUUAUUAAAAAGUUAGGUCAAGGCACAUAUGGCAAAGUGCAAUUAGGUAUAAAUAAGGAAACCGGCCAGGAGGUGGCUAUAAAAACCAUAAAAAAGUGCAAAAUAGAAGCGGAGGCUGAUUUGGUGCGUAUUCGUCGUGAGGUGCAAAUUAUGAGCUCAGUGCAGCAUCCCAAUAUCAUACACAUUUAUGAAGUAUUCGAGAAUCGUGAGAAGAUGGUGUUAGUUAUGGAAUUCGCCGCAGGCGGUGAACUGUAUGACUAUCUCUCGGAACGAAAGGUGCUAAAUGAAGAAGAGGCGCGUCGCAUAUUCCGCCAAGUGGCCACGGCUGUAUACUAUUGUCAUAAGCACAAAAUUUGUCAUCGCGAUUUGAAGUUGGAGAAUAUACUACUCGAUGAGCAUGGCAAUGCAAAGAUCGCCGAUUUUGGUCUCUCGAACGUGUUCGACGAACAAAACUUACUAUCCACAUUUUGCGGUUCGCCGCUUUACGCCUCUCCCGAAAUUGUUGAAGGUACUCCCUACCAAGGUCCAGAAGUCGACUGCUGGUCCCUUGGUGUGCUCCUCUAUACUCUAGUCUAUGGAUCAAUGCCAUUUGAUGGUUCCAAUUUUAAAAGACUUGUUAAACAAAUCAGUCAAGGUGAUUACUAUGAGCCAAAGAAACCAUCGCGUGCAUCAACGCUCAUACGUGACAUGUUGACAGUGAGUCCACGCAAACGUGCCACCAUCGAACAGAUUUGUGCCCAUUGGUGGGUCAAUGAAAAUGAUAACGUCUCAUGUCUGGACUUGGCUGAAGAGCUGGCGACACAAACACCAGUUCGUUUGGAUGUGUUGUUGUCGUUGACACCGGCCGCCGUGACGGCCGAUCAAUUGGUUGUGCCAUCCGCUGAUGCGGGUAAGGGAGAACGUGUGCCACGAAGCCACUCGGUGGGAUCGAUACGUGAUAUGGGUGGUAAUACGGAAGCCGAACGCAGAAUAUUGGACAUGGUGGCUGCUGGCGGCGAAGCAGCACUCAUGCCAUCACCAACACGCACAAUCACACCCACGCAGAGCCCAGUGCAGAGUAAACGCAAACUCCAGACCACAGUCUCCACGGAGAACGCGCAUGGUGCGGCGCUCAAGAAGAAAGAUAAACCUGGCAGUAGUUCUAUGAUACUCGGAGAGUCCACCGUGCCAUUACCGGCAGAAAUACCCAUGGAGACGGAGGAGGAUGAGGCAGCAGAGCAGGCAAUAGUCGAAGAGCCAAUUACACCGGCCGCUGCCCAAACAAUGCCAUCAAGCAGCUUCUCCCAAAGAGAUAUGGAAAUGGUGGGUGAUCUGUGCGAGCAACUGAUUAAAGAAGACUCCAAAUCAGCGAUCACUGCACCAAACACAGCAACACUGACUGAACCCAGCGCACCUGUGACACCUACACAUGCCAGCGUGCCGCGUCAGAAAACCGUUAGCAAGCUGGAGUCGCUGGAAGAAGCGCCCGAGGAAAAGGACGCCACCAAAGUUAUAAAGAAAUUCGUCAACAAGCAUAAAACAGCUGAUCUGGUCAAUGCGAUCGGUCAGAUAACUCCCGAGAAAGCCAACGAGCAGUCUACGGCCACGUCGGCUGCAAUAACAACCACUAAUGCCAAAAGCGCAUUUGCCAAGCCAACAGCAGGUGCAGCAACCGCAAAUAACGCCACACCAGCGCCCUUCGUGCGUAAAUGCAGUCUACAGGAUGAAGGUUCCUUGAAUAAAUUCAAUGCUGACCGGCGAAAGUCGCGUGUGCUCGAAACCACCGAAAAGCUACAGCAAAUGAACACUGCCGGCGGCGAGAAACCGAAGAAGUUCAGCAUACCCGGCGUGAGCGUCGGCAGUUUCAAGAAGGAGUUCGAACGUAAAGCUACAAAUCCGCCAGUACAGCAAGGUCCCACACCAGGUGAGUUACGCGCAAUGGAAGAAGUUGCGGCCGCCGCUGCAGCCGCGCAAGAAUUGGAAGCGGAUGAACAAUCACCAGCUCCCGGUAGCGCGCAGCCAACAACACCCGUGCCAACAGGUUACAUUGAGUCAAGCGAUUCAAAGACUUCCGUCGCCUCGUUGUCACUGGAAGAUGCGCGCCGCUCCAUGGAGAACUCGAUUGCGCUGUUGCGUCAGGCGCAAAGCGAAUCCUCGAAAGAGGUGGAUCAGUUGUGCGCGCAAACGGAGAAUAUCGAAGUCAGCGAGGCCAGCAGCCCGAUAGUGGCUGAGCGCGAAAGAAAAUUGAAGAAUGCACGCGCCAUCAUUGGAAAUGCCAUACAGCCAGUUAUACGCAGGCCACCAUCACAACCAUCCUUUGGCAUCGGCGGCGGGGGCUACGGUCAAAUGCGUGCAGCCAGUGGCGGUUUUAUUGGUUUUGGCAGCAGUGGCAGCGGCAGCGGCAGCAUGAACGGCAUGGUUGGCGACAGCGGCUAUGGCUCGAUGGGCGUCAACGCUCCAUUUGGCGGCGGCAGCGCCGGUGGCUUUGGCUUUGGCGUCGUCGAUGUCGGCAAUAAUAACAACGUUGUUGGCAACCAUGCACCACAGCCGCAAGUGGUGGCAUAUAAUAUGAGCGCCGCCCCUCAGUUACCGCAGCCUCUGUUGGCAUCGAGAAAUGCAAAUGCGAAGGCAAAUUCAAAAGUGAAUGCGAAUGCAAACGUUGCCCUCGCCGCUGCACGGCAACAUAUAAUGGGUCGUUUGGCAGCUACCGCUGGUGGUCAGAAUGAGUUCCAAAGUGAAUUUGCACCGUCCAACUAUUUCAUACAGUCACCAACCACCUCCACUCCCACUUCCCUAUAUACCCAACAACAUCAUCAGUACCACCAACAACAACCACAAGUACACCAACACAAUUCACAGCAACAAAAGCAACAGCAACAACAACAACAGAGACAAUCACAACCACAGCCCAGUCAAUAUCAAGCUACUAAUUCUUUGCCGCAAUCAACACAAAAUCAACUUUUGCAAUUCCAACAAAGACUACAACAAUUACAACAACAAAGACAGAGACAUCAUCAAGCGCUAAUAGAGCAGCAAAAUGAAUUUGAAUUGCAACAGCAACAACAGCAACAACAAGAAAAACAUGCAUUUCCCCAACCAUUAUUGCAACAACAACAAUAUCAAAAUAAACAAGCUCACAGCAUGUCAAUGCCACACACACUUGCCGCAUCUGCCACUGCCACUGCCGCCAACGUCAAAAAUACCGCCAUUUCCUCUACCGCCACCGCCACCACCGCGAAUAGUGUGCCAAAACCGUUUUAUAAUGCACCACCUCCUUCGAUAUUCUACAAAUCAUCGCCGGGUGGCGAGCCGAACAACACCGUGAAGACAUCCACCGCUACCAUAACACUGAAAUCAGCCACAUUGCCGCGCCGUAAACCGAGCACCAAAACGGAAAUUCAAUUAGAAAUCAAGCCGCGUAUUGUCGAAAAACCGAAUAUGCAUUUCACAACGGAAAUGCAGCAUCCUGUCGCUGACUUGCGCAGCGCGCCACCACGUGAUGGUCCGGCGCCUUACAGCCCCAUCAAGACGAUGUUGAAUGCGCGCGCCACAAGCCUCGAACCCAAGGAGCACAUUAUACCCAUACAGCGACCACAAGCGCCGUAUGCGCGCACAACUUCAAAUACAACAACAAGGUCUGGUUCACUAUCGCGACAAUCGACCAAUGACUCUGAAUCCGACACAACAACAACUGCAAAUAUGUCACAAUCCACCGUUACGGGCUCAUCACAACCGAUUAAAAAGAGUCCACGCGAAUUCAUCAUACCAAUUGCGAUGGAGGGCGGCGGCUUCAUAACACCGCGCGAGGGCAGCAUUGAACCGUCAGAGUCUAGUCACACCGCCUCGAGUCGUUCGACCUUCAGUCGACUGCGACCAACUCGUCGCAUUGGCAGUUCACUGCUUAACGAUUCUGGCAUCGACGAUAAUUCGCCAUUCCAGAAGUUCCGCACCUCGUCCAGUACCAGGGAAGCCGACGAGGAACCGCGUUUUACGCUGCACAGAUUAAGAAGCUCAAGACCGGUGAAGAAACUCAGUCAGGAGAACGAUUCACAAAGUUCCGGCGAAGAGGAUGACGAUGACGGAUUUGAAAUACUCACCGCUGAAAAUCUCUUCUCCACACUACUACAACGAGUGCACGCUUUGACACAUCGCAUGAAUGUCGAUAAAGAUUUGACAGCAGGCUUUUCGAAUUCAAGCCGCCUGCUGAGCAAUAUGCGGCAUGGUCCUUUCUGGAAUCAGGAACCUUUUGGCAGAUCUCAAGUGAGUUAUACAUACAGUGAAACGGUCGAAAAGAAACAAGUCCGCCUCAACAGCGCCUCCGGCAAUAAUGUGGGCGCACCAUGGCGUCACAGUAUGUCACGUGAUUUGGGCAAUGACAUGGACUCCAUAUUUUCACGCACUGGCGCCACACUGCCAAGAGGUACAAAGGCGGCGUCGAAAAUUGGCCGUCCGGCCACUAUCGCCGAACCUAGUAGCACAGUUGACGGUCAGGCAACGCCAGCCAUAGCCUCGGAUGAGCCACUCGAUUUGGCCGACUUAGAUCUCUCGCGUCUACGUUUGAGCAAGAAGGAUCUAGAAACGCUAUCCAGCAUUACACCCGGUCUACCGAAAUGCUUCCAGGAGCAACUACUGGCCAAAUUACCGCCAACACAGGCGCGCAAAUUAUCACGUACAUUGAGUAUGCAAGGCGGUACACAAACCGCACCCGUAAGAGUUUAUAAGCGCAGUCAAAGCGGUGGACGUGGUGUGCUACACACGGGUGGUGGACAGGAUCUGAAAGAAAAUCUCGCCGAAGAGACCGCCAGCAGUAGCACGACGAGCAAACGUAGCACAGAUAGCAGCGAACGUCGACACUAUGAUCCUGUUUAUCGUCGCAGUCUCAGUCGUACACGCUACGAUUAUGAAUCGAGUAUUCCUUCCUCAAGUGAUGUCGUGUCGAAAAGUCGCAGCAGCAGUGUUUGUCGCGAUGAUUACGGUAAAUCGAUAUGCUCCACCUAUACAACUGACAUCAAUGAUCGCUACAAAUACUACUCACCAUAUUUGAAUAAAACGGUGACAAAAGACUCUUCAACAGAGAGUGGUUCCGUAUCGCCGCAAAAACGUUAUAGUAGUUUAGGUAUGCCACGUGAUACAGUCGGUUCUGCGCAAGGGCGUCCACCAAGUGGUUGUUUGUCGCCGCCUAUUCUAUCAACAGACGGUGGUAGCAGCUCAUUGCGUAGACGCUCUUCGCAGAAACGUAUCUCACGAUUUCUGCGACCAGACUUUUUCGAUGAACCACUCGAUGAGAAUCCAUUUCAACGUGAGAAGAAACAGCGCGAGCGUGAAACUCAAAGUGUGCUACGUGAGAUAAGAGAAAGAUCACGUGAGCCGAGUAGAGAACGCUGUAAUUACAGCAGUUUUGAUGCGGAAGACGCAAUGUCGCGUAAACAAAGUUUACCCAAUGCAGAGAGUUCCGGUAUACCAACACCUAAACAUGUGCGUAAUAAAAGCAUGGAAAUCUAUUCAGAGUAUCAGCCGGCUAGCAGUUCAUCACAGGAGACAAUUAGGCACAAUCGUCACAGCUUGUCGCGUCCACGUGACAUAACUGAGGAAUUGCGUAAGAAUGAGCUGGCCGAUAAGAUUUUGGAAGAGUUACAAUUACUUUCAGCUACACGAACACAACAAGAUCAAGAACAGCAGUUGAGAUCGACGCUGCCAAGAGAGAUUUCGGUAGAGCGCACUUCGGAGACGACUACAAAAUCAGUAGUCGAGGGGCCGAGUAGUCGCGCGGAAAUUGAAGAGAAAGAGUCCUCAUCUACAAUAAAGAAAAUUAAAAAGAUAAAACCCAAAGAUAAAUCCAAUACUACAGAAUCCAGCACAGACGCAGAUGCAACAGUUACCACAUCUGUGGUGAAGAAAGUAAAAAAGAUUGUGAGAAAGACUGAAACCACAAAGACGACACUCAAUGAAGCUGCCGCCGCCAAUCUGAAUACCGCAGAGGAUAAUGCACUCACACCUUCAGAAAUAGAACAGUCAAAGAGAGAGUCUAAGCUUAAGCGACCUAAGUCGUAUCCAACCAAAGAACCAACUAACGCCAUUAAACCAGAUAUUAGUACUUUGACACCUAAGCUACCUAAUAAACCAAGUACUAUACCAGAAAUGACCGCAGAUACUACUUUAGAGGCGUCGAAUGCACAGUCCGCACGUGAAAGUCGACUUAUACGACCCAAGAGUUACCCAGCAUCAAAACUCACACCACCAAAAGAAUCGAGAAAAAUUACUCGUAGCGGCGCCGCAAUCCCCACUAUAGCCGAGAGCCGGGCGAGAAAUUCAACGCCACCACUGGCAGUUGAAGAGAAGUUCGAGCCACAAACGCCGAUUUCACGAGGCACAAUCGAGACUUCAUCUUCGAGUGACGCUAAGCCUACCACAAUUAAGAAAAUCGUGAAAGUUUCCAAAAAAUCUAAACUAGCGCAACCACUGCCAGUCACGCCCACAACUCCGACGCCAGCAACAACGUCCACAACGACUACGCCGGCUGAAAACUCUAAGGAAUCAAGUCCCGUGGUAAAAGAAAAAUCCCCCGAGAAGAAACCAAGUAAAGGUUUACUGUACGCUAUUGGGCAGAAAUUUGAGAAGCUGCGUGAUUCUGCUAUGAGUAAAGAAAAGAAGAGCGUCACUUCUAGUCCCGCUUCUUCUGCAAAUGGCGUUGUGGUAAAGAAAAAGUCACCAGAAAGUUCAUCACCAGAUAAAGUUAAGGAUAAGUCUACAUUACUUAAAAAGAAAAAGUCUUUGGAUGGCAGCUACACAAAGAGCACAGUGGAAAACAAUACAGCCGUUAAACCGCCCGGUAUCGAUGGUGAAGUAAAGGAAAAACCAGCAAAGGCGGAUAAGCGCUCGAGAAUUGAUGCUGUGAUCCGUUCAUUGCGUGAGCGGUCAGUACCACGAUCACGUCCCGCAACCGAAACAAACUACAUCAAGCGCGCUGUCAGCGUGGAGGACAUGCCGGGUACGUUUAAUAAGAAUGCAGUUAAUCGGGUGUUGGGGCUCUUUAAGCGUAAUGAUAAAGAUGCGAAUGGGGCAGAGCGGCGUGUACAAAGCACACGUUCCACCAGUAACAUUGAACGUCAGAUACGCGAAACUUCUCCGUCGCCCAUUUACCAGAAUACAGGAGAAUGUCAUCGUUCAAGUAGCAUUUCAGCCGCUAUUGCCGCCAAUUUAAACACGGUACGGAAACCAGAGGUCACUGCCAAAUGUAGCUGUGAGAUUGCGCCGACGCCUAGAGUAAACACAGAGGAGAAGCAUUGUGCUGAAUGUUUACAAGACGCCGCAGCAAUCCAGAAAUCUAAGACCAACCGGGAUGAAAAGGAGGUCGUAUUGCCGGCUAAAGAAAUGACGCAGGGCAAUAAAGAUAAACGUAAGGGUCUCAUGUUGGAUCUUACGAAGUUAGAUAAAAUUGAUAACAAUACUACAACGAAUCGCAACAACAUAAAGUCGACCUACAUGAAUGGUAAUGGUAUCUACUCGAAUCUGCCACCUUAUCCUGGUGCGGUGAACAGCUCUUCAAACAACAGCUCCAGUCAACAAUCCAUGGAUAACGCCACUAAUAAUAAUAAUUCUUAUAUGACUAAUAACAAUUCAUCAAUGCAGACCUCGCAAACAUCAGGUUAUCGCACUUCGUCCACGCACGAGAUAAAUCGAAAUCAUUUACUAACACCCUCUACUGAGAACAUUGCCAAUUACUCUUCCGACUCGCGCAGUUAUCAAGAUGAUUGUGCCUCGACUUCGACGUUCUUAUCACCAACGGAAGAGCCGGAGCUCUACUUCGAUAAUUGGUCCGUUUGCUCGGAAGACAAUUAUAUGCUGCACGCUUCACCUUCACCAACUGUUUCGCGUCUCUCACGUGCAUCGCAGCUCUCAUCGCCCACACGUGGUGAAAGCUCUGAUCCAAAUGAGAGCGUAAUUGAUCGUAUCAAACGUCGUAGUUUCUACUGCCGCUUUAACGAUAAGAAACCCAAACGUACUAGUAGUAUUGUGGGACCGAGUGCAGUGCGCGACUACUAUCGUGAACAGCAGGCGGCGGUUAAGGCACGUUCCAGCAAUAAAAUAAACCCCAACGAACGCGCCAAAUCGCCAGACAUUACACAAGAGUUCUUUAGACCUUUGAAGUUGAGUCCAGUCGGCACUGAAUUGAAACCACCCAUUUAUAAAGCGCCGUUGGACUAUGCCACUAACAUAACGAAGCCACGAAAGAGCCUCAACGAUAUACGACCCACCACGUCACCUUCUCUGAUCAGCAAACGUUAUGGUUCUACAGCCGACAGCGAUUACAUGACACUCAACAGCGGUGUGCCCAUACGCUACAAAUCAUCUGCCAGUUCCAGUCCUUACGAGAGCAAAGGCUCUUCGGCGACCAGCGGCUUGAGUAUGGGUGUUGGUACGGGAAUUGGCACUGGCAUAGGCGCUGGCGGUAGUUACUACAAUACCUACAGCCCGAAACGACGUUCCUCAUAUACAUUCAAUGGCACGCUGCCUAGUGGUGCUACACUUACCAAUUCCACUUUGGAUGGUUACGCGACGGUGGGUCGGCGACCUAUACGCGCCUACGAUCAUCGCACAAUGUCACUGCUCGAUCCUACAACCUCGUCUACACCGUCGACGGCGGCUUCGACUGCUGCCAGCAGCUUUAGACGAGAGGCACGCACGCCAGUACGCGACUACACUUCAAGCAUUUCGAGAUCGAAUUCUCGUUACCGAACAUCGUCGGCGACUCGCAGUCCAACAAACAUUUGAUGUACAACACCGCAGAAUGGUUUCUGUAUCUUCUGCUAUUACUCGAAACGGAAUCGCAGCAGCAGCACGCAUACCGCCUCGUCGUCGGCGUCCUCAAGGGCUAGUGGCGACAAGAAACUGCAGGAAUGCACAACUCGAAUUAGGAAUAAGUUUUAAUUCUACUACGACAAAUAGCGUUCACUAAGCAACUAAUUUAAUUACCACAUAUACACAUACAUACAAUAUGUAGAGAUGUAUGUAUAGCGUACAAUUACUUAAGUCUGAUUCACACCGAUCGAUAGAUAUAUGUAAGUCCACAUGUUAGAAAAAUGUUGGGAAAAGUCAUUAAUGGUUUAGAAGAGUUAAGAAAAGAGAUAUAAUAGGACAUUUUUUGGAGUAAAAAUAUUUAGGUUAGGAUUUGAAAAGUUGUAAACCCCGAUAAACCAGCACAGCUGGACAGAAAAACAGAGAAUAGUUGGGCUCCUGGAUAUGUACGCUUUUUUGUUGCACUCGGAUCCUUUAUUAUUUAUAUCCUUUCCUAAGAUAUAGUUGAAGUCCAAUGAGCGAACAUUAGAUUGAUCUGAAUGGAGACGGUUGAAUAAUUGCUGAGAGUUUCCAUGGAAGGAUUUCUGGUAAUCUUUUAAUCCAAUAAACUUUUAGAAAAAAUUUCAAAAUUUCGGAGGUUUUUUGAAAUUCAUAUUAAGAUUGUCCAGACGGAAUUGAAAAAUUUGUUAUCUUGGUAGUCGGUAUCCAGUUGAAGUAUAGGAAAGGUUGACUGUCUUUUGAAAUUGCAUAAGGAAUUUUAGAAUCCAUACAAUUAUUUGAAAAAAAUACUUGAUUCCAACUCAUUACGUCUACCUUUUAAGCUUCGAAAGCCAUUGGUUUGUAUGCCAGUUGCGACAGACCCUCGAAAGUUUAAUGAAAGCUCGAAGUUUUUAGUACAAAUCAAUAUGGAAUCAAUAAAUGCGAGUUGCCAAAAUAAUUUCCAUUCUUUUGACUCACCGAAUUGAGCUUCCAGCAAAGAGUUCUGCAACUGCAACGAUUGCGGUGUGAAUCAUACAUUUAUAAAUCUUUAGAAGAUUUAAGUAGUAACGAAAUCGAUUAAUAACUAUAUUUGUUUAAUUAAUAGACUAAUUAUAAUUACGAUAUGAACUGUAAGCAGCAACAUACUAUAUUAAUAAUGACUGACUUAAAAGAACAAUAAUACAAUUUGAAUUGAAAUAUCAAAAACUGUUUUUGGUUUUCAUUAUCUCAUAUAACCUUAACAAAUGUGCCUUUAUUUGGAAAAUAAUUUGAGUGUUUAACAAUUAAUGAAUUAUUAAAUCAAAUUUAUGUAAUUUGAAGAAGAACUUGGCGUGCAUAUUUUUAGAUGAAUUAAAGUGUGAGCUUUCAUCUGUAUAGCUGGAAAAGCCGGAAAGUUGUCUGAAUUUAUGAACUUGUGAAAUAUAAUUUUUAAAUAUGACAGCUCAUUAUAAAUCCUGCAAUAAAAUGGGAAAGAUUUACAAAAACUUAAAAGUUUUCCAUUCGAAUUUACAUCAAAGAUGUUUGUAAAAGCUUUUAAGAAAUCAUGAAAUUUUAUAUUGAUUUAUUAAAAAAAAAAUGUACCUUUAGAUAACUGGUGCCAAAAACUUAAAAAAUAGAAAUAUUCACAAGCUUUUACAAAUUUUGGAUUUAUUCUUCAUUAAUCUUUGUGUUGUGGUAAAGCUUUUAGUGUAAGCAAUUAAAUUUAUAUUUUCGAUCACUUUUAUUUCUACUGACCAUUUGUUGAUUAUAACCCCAAAAUAUCGAAAUAAAUUCAAACAUUCUUUGGAAGAAGUUUUAAGACCCCUUGUUAGUAUAUAUAUGUAUGUCGACCGAUGUGUAUUUGUUGGCAACCGAUCUUUAAGGGAAGACAUGAAAGCUCUCUAAAAUCAUGUAUAAAUUUUUUUUAAUUCUUAGAAAAGCUUUUCGAAUACCGCAAAAACGUAAAAGCUCUUAAAGAAUCGAACAAUUGUCAUAAUCAUUUCAUGAAUAAUGUUAAUUUGCAGUAUCUAACCUUGGGAAAAGGUGUUGAAAAUUUUGGUAUCACAAAAAUCUGCAAACAGACUUCUAAAGACACCUGAAAUGUCAAUGUAAAAUUGCUGUAAUUAUUUCAUUUUAAUAUGUAUCAACAUUUUUUUUAUAUUGCUAAAACCUUGUGAAACACUGAGGGAUAUAAAUGUCUCCAAGCUUUCAAAAUUUUUUAACAAAAUUGAUUAAGCGUUACACUACUUAUUUUUAGUUUCAAAAUAUCUAGUAAACUGCUUUAAAGAAACCUUAGUCUUAGCCCUUUUUCAUUAUUAAUUUAAUUUUAUAUUUAAGAGCUUUCACAUCUACUACAAACCGCAUGAUUUUCAUCCGAAUUUUUUAUCAUUGAUACCCGAAAAGUGAAUGUACAGGUAUACCCCGUUUGGAGUAGGAAUUAAUGGAUUUUGUAGUGAAUUUUGAAAAGAACUGAUUUUUUAGAUGGAGCACAAACACAAAUACGAAAGUAAUUAAGAGAAACUGUAAUCUCAAAAGUAUAUAUAAACACCAAAAAAAAAGUAUGAAAGUGUAUGUAUGUAAAAUCAAAUUCAAACUUUAAUAAGAGAUUAAAAUUAAAAAAAAUAUUAAGAUUAAAAAAAAUAAACUAAAAUUAAAAAAAAAAAAAUAUUAAGAUUAAAAAAAAAAACUGAAAUUCGGAAAUAGAAAAUUGUUAAAUGAUAGAAAUGUUAAUGUUAUUAUAUGUAAUAUCAUAGAUUAUUGAAAAAUGUUGGCAGAACUAAACCGGUACUGUAAUCGUGUAAGACUUGGAUAUCGUGUGACCCCGUUUAGUAACAGCGAAUACGCAUAGCGAAUUUUCAAUACGAAUGCAACAAAGACGUAUGAAAUAAUGGAAACAGCCUGAUAUGUAGACUUUAACAAUGGAAUUGUAUGGAAAUUUAUUAGAUUUGAACUGUAUGCGUACUUUUGUCACGGUAUGUACGAAUAACGUAGCUACUUGUUUAGUGAAAAUAUAGUUAAGCGUAAAUUACAAACUAAUUAAGUUAAUUAAAAAAUAUUAAUUAAUUAAAUUAAUAGUUAAUUAAAUAUGUAUUUAGCAAUAGCAGAUGCAUGGAUUUGAAGAGUUUACUAGAAAUCGUACAUUAUAGAGUUGCCAAGUUCAUUGAAUAAAAAAUAAAAACUAAAAAAAAAAUAUAUAUAUUUACUUAGUAAUAAAGAUCUACUAAAAUUGUGCGCAGUUGUUUAUUUUAAUUACAAAAACAGUUACUAUUACUAAUAGUGCGUAUUAUUUAGAGAAUUUGUCAAUAAAUAAUAUUAUUUUUGCUCUAAGAAAUAAAUAAAAAUGCAGUUGGAAUACAAAAUAGAAAGUAUUUGUGUUUGCAAUGAAAAAAAUCGAUGAAACAGUUGUAAUUAGCCAAUUAAGAUAGGAAAGCAAACAAUAGAAAUACAUAAUUGUUUAACAAGGAAACUUUAAAUUACAGAAUUAAAUACUUUUGUAAUUACCAACUACAUUUAAAUACAGCUCUGCAUAUAUCUACAGGCCAGUAUUUAUUAAAACAGUUAAACACUCUGUAUGUAACAAAAUGUACUAUUUAGACUUCCAUAUAUCCAUAUAUACAUAGAUCUGUUGUGUUAUUUCUUAUUUUUGGAAAUACGAGUACAAGAAGCAAUUAUUUAAUGGAAAAUAAAAUUUUUGUUACUUUCAUUUGAA